CUUUCAUCACCACACAGUGAUGUGGUACGGCUGACACAGGCUAAAAAACUGAUAUUCAAAUGAUGGCGUGGUUCGGUAUGGACAGGACGAAGCAGUUGGCAUGUUGCCGGACAGACCUCUGAUGGCGCGGCACGUGGACCCUCCCUUCAGUCGCACGUCCAUCAUCUCAUCAUAAGCCGGUCCUUUCCCAUCACAAUAUCCCGGCCCUAGUUCUUGCACCCAUGACCACAUACACCGAGAAGUGUUUCUUCUGAAAAAAACCUCACUGUCAUCCAGUAACACCCACUGACGAUUCAGAAAUAUUUUCUUUGUUCCAAGAAAGUUUGAAAGUUUGGACAACGCAGACGACUUGCCAAGGCAGCUGUUGGAGUCAGACCAUCACCUGGACAGUUGGCUUCGGCGUAUUGUACAGGAAGUGUCAGUCACUCACUCAGCCUCACUAUGGCCGCCAUGCCAGCACCCUUGGAGCCGCCACCCGUGGACUUCGCGGCGUCUGUCUACGCCGAGCCUGGAGCCUUGGGGCUCAUCGCCAACAUCAUGGCGGGUCUGUUGGUGGCCGUGGAGAACAUGCUGAACCCUCCUUUCUCCCCCAUGGCGCAGUCUCUCGCAGGUGUUCACCUGAUUGUGUUCGGAGGCUUCUUGCAGCUGGUGGCGGGCUUGCUGUGCUUCCGGCGUUUCGCUGAUCACCUGACUGGCACCGCGUUCGUCGUCUUUGCGGCUCUGUGGACUGUUAUUGGGGUCAACCAUAUCCUGACCCCACUCCUAGACCCCCAGGUUCUCAGCCGGGGCGUCAUGCCCGGCCUGCUGGGUUUCAUGGGUGUGUCUGUGGUGCUGUGCCUGUGUGCGCUGACAGUUAACUACCUGAUGCCACCUGUCCUCAUCGCCAUUUUGCUGGCUCUCAUCUUCGAAACUGUCGGCACCUUCUUCCUGUGGGGUCGCCGAGUGGCUGCAGCUUUCGAGAUUAUUAUCGUCCUUAGCAGCUUCUACGCAGUCAUUGUCAUGACACUCAAGGGUGUCAGUCAACGGUACAUCUUGCCAGGCUUCGGCAACGCCAUCUACGACCCGCUGUUGAUCCGCACCACGGCCAGCACCAGCGCGCGCCGCAUCGAGCGCAAGAAGAACACGACGUACGGCGAGCCCAUGGGCAUGGGUUACCUUGGCAACGUCGUGCCCGCGACCGUCCUCAUCUUCCACCACUUGGGCUACUUCCAGGACUUCCGACCCGCCAUGGCUAUGUUCAUCUUCAGCCUCUUCUGCCACAUGCUGGCCUCGUACUACGCCUUCCUGCGCCACGACUUCUUCCACGCCGUGCAGUUCGUGGUGUACUUCGCCUUCUGGAUGUCGCGCGGCAUCACUCAGCUCCUCAUGAACAUGGACGGCUUCGCCGAUGCCGCGCUGGUCCAGAGAAUCAAUUUCUAUGGCCAGUGGUCCAUUGUCGUCCUUCUCAUCGUCGUCACCCUGGCCUCCAUCAUCUUUGCCAGGGUGGUCUUCUUCUACAACCUGUAUUUCGUGGUGGUGGCCAUCAUGUCAGUGGACCACAUUCCGGUUUUCGCCCACAAUUUCACUUUCGGGGUACCAACCGCCGUGCUGGCCAUUGUGAGCACGUACGUGGGCAUGGCCCACCUGGAGAACUCCAUCGCCGAGAAACCUGUCAUGUGGUUGGGCAGUGAACUGGUCAACGAGGUCAAGCUCAUCGCCAUACUGGACAGCUUCUUCGGGGGAUUCCACGCCCCAAACAAGAAGAACGACUACACCGAGGAGGACACCAUCGAUAUGAAGGUGGUGGACUCAAUAUGUUUUAUUGCCAGCUCCGUGGCUUUGCUGUCUCUGUCUCCCAUGGAAGCCACCAAUUUCGUACUACCUGUGCCCUGGAUUCUCACGGCAGGUGUGUUUCUACACCUGUACGCCGCUCGUCUGGCCUACGCCGCUGGCUCCCUAGCAAAGGCCUACGUCAUGACAGUACUGGCGGCCUUCUGGGCCAUUUGGGCCACUUUUCUGUUGAACCCGACUCUGGCGGUGAACCUUCAGGGCGCGGCUGUCACGAUGCUGUGCCUCUUCACCGUUGUCUUGGUGAUGACCCCGACCUUUACCAGAGUCUGGAUUCCGUUCGCCCUCUUCAUGGAGCUUUGUGUCAUUGCGCAGGUCGUCACCAUGUUCAACAGCAGUCCAAACUGGAUGGUACUCAUCACUUCAUUAUUGACAGCCCUCAUCUCGCUGUACGCUGCCUUUGCCGAGAUCAUGAACACCACGCUCAUGUCCAACUGCAUUCCAGUCGGAGAGCCAGUUCUGAAGGAGAAGUUACUGGACGAUGGCGGUGACCCCUGCCCUUUGCUCUCGUCUCGCCGCUCGUCAAACCUGCGGCGGGUUGUGCGCCUGCUGAACGAGGGCAAGAUCGCGGGUGUGCCUACAGACACCGUGUACGCCAUCGCAGCCUCCUGCAAACACCCGGACAGCAUCAGCCGUCUGUACCACGUCAAGGGCCGACCUCCAGAGAAGCCUAUCUGCCUCUGUCUGUCCAGCCUGGACCAACUGGCUGCAGUCAAUCCACCCUUUACUCCACUUAUGUGGAACUUCUUGAGAAGAUGUUACCCCGGAGGCAUCAGCUGUGUCGUGCCGAAGGGCGCGUGGCUCAAGCGUCUGGGUCUCGGCGACGCCGCAGAGUUCGUGGGCACCAAGGACAACAUCUGCAUCCGGGUGCCCGACUCCUCCGUCCUCUGUUACAUCGUCAGUCUCCACGGCCCCAUCGCCUUAACCUCCGCCAACAUCAGCGGCGGCGAGGACAGCACCCACCACAGCAUGGUGAUCACUGAACUGGGAGAGAAACUCGAUGUCAUUGUCUGUGACGGCGAGUCUAACGAAACCCAGCCAUCCACAGUUGUGGACUGUUGCAAGAUUGAUGAAGGAGUCAUCUCCUAUUUCCGAGAGGGCUGCACUCCCAAGGAGUACGUGGACCAGCUGUUCGAGGAGGCCAAGGCGGACUCUGACAACAAGAGUACACGUAUUGAGAUUUCAGACUCGCUUGGUGCCAGCAAGACUAAGUCGGCAUAGCCAGCCUUCCAGUGCACCACCAGCUGGUCGACACCUACACGCAUGCGCUGAUUGUCCGGCUACUCAUUUCCGGCCAGCAGAGACUGCGAGUUAAAAUGUAGGGGAGAGAACUUGUAGGGGAGAUAGUAUGGUUGCACGUGGAAAUCCAGGGUGGUAAAAGGAACAUUAGUUAGCGUGUGUAAGUGUGUAUCACAUACCUGUAUAAUGUCUCAUAGUCAGGCCGAAACUGUGUGCCCACAACCUCAGCAAAUGAUGGGAGAACAAGGUUUUUAAUUCAUUAUAUCCUAGUAGGAGUUGUCUUCAUUUGUAAAUAUUAUUUUCUGUCUAAGCUCUUGGUGAGCGACUGACUUUGCAUACAUUUAUACCAAAGUGGAAUGUUUUUGUUAUUAAUAUGAUACAAUGUCAUUUAGAGAACACAUACUGGCAUGAUGAUAACAAUUCUUUAUUACACCAGAUAACCAAGCUAGCAAUAUUCUCAUAAAGUAUAUCAAAACAUAUGAUGAAAUAAUCUUUUGAAGUGCCUUCUGUUGUUAUAUCAGAAAAUCAGUAGUCCAACAGUAAUACAGCUGUUUUUAAUGUUUGGCACUUUUGUUGAUUUGCAUGUUUGUCCUUUGUUACCGUUGGAACAAAAACAGUUUAGUGUAGUUUUCCACACUAAAUCAAUUUAGUGUAGUUUUCCACACUAAAUCAAUUUAGUGCAGUUUAUCCCACUAAAAACAACAAAAUCGACGAUGGCAGACAUAGUUCUCUCACCCUGCCUCGCAUCAAAGACCCUCGCCAUAACUAGCUAUUGCCCUUAUAGCAUGGAUACAGAAAUCUAACUUGUAUUUCAUUUAUUUUCAUUUACUUGAGCGUUUAUAUCUCGCAGCAACACAACCCAGGAGGCUGCCUUCUCUGAGUGUUGAUAGUAGGAGGCCAUCUUGUCCUUCCCCAGAGUAUCAGUCCUUAUUUGAAACAUCCAAGUUCGCUGCAUCACUGCAUUACACUUCGCUACAUCCCGACAUCACACUUCACUAUGUCACGACAUCACACUUCACAAGUUGUAUUACUCUUUACUUUUCCGAUCAGUUUUUUGCAUAAUAAAAAAUUAGAAGAAAUCCUCAAGAUUGACAUUACCGGGUUUUACUUUUUUUCUGAUUUGUAUUAAGAGGUCAACAGGAAAUACUCUCGAAGGGGCAUUGUUUAUGAGUUCAAAAUAAAAAGAGUUUAAGAAAAUGUUCAAGUGUUGCACAGCACUGGAGAGAUUUGAAACAAGUGAAGAACUCACAGUCACACAGAUGCUCAGAAGCUUGGCGACAGUUAGUCGGGUGGGUUAUUCACAAAUAGAGUAAUACAGAAUAAUAAUGCACAGAGCGAGUUUGAUGAUAUUGGCGACACCUUCUGCUCCAUGGUAAUAAGAAAACAUUUCUUUGUGAAUUGUAUAUGAAUAUUGAAGAAACAGGUUUUUCACAGAAUAUUUUAAGGGAUUUGGUAUGAGUAUUGCAAGAGAUGAUGUGAAUCUGAAGAUUCUCGAAGAUAAUUAUCAUUUUAAAUUUGUUAUUAUAAUAACAAAUAGUAAAAAAUAAAUGAUAAAGCGACUUUGCAUUGCACAUUUCCAUACUUAACAAAAGGUUCAAUGCCUUGUAGAUCGCAUGCUGUUAAGUAUAUAACAACAGAAUUUCCACAUGAAGACAUGGCGGAUAGAAUAAAGAUUAACAGUAUGUUCUUGUAUAAUUUCACGUGCACAGAGCUAAAAAUACUUUUAAACAUCUCCCUUCGUUGGAUCAUGGAAAGCAGUAAAAAUUCAGUUUCAAAUAAAGAUGAUAAAUCUGUCA